CUACUACAAUAUAUCUCAAAAAUCGUUGCUCUGUUUAGUGAAAAAAAUAACGACUCCCUAUUUUUCGUCUAAUAUUUCACAAAAUGAGUGACGUGGAUAAGUGGAUAGAGAUCGCGAAAAGGUGUAAAUAUUUACCUGAAGAUGACUUGCGGGAGCUUUGCAAUAUUGUUUGUGACUUGUUGUUGGAGGAGCCCAAUGUACAACCGGUGCAGACACCUGUAACUGUCUGCGGUGAUAUACAUGGCCAGUUUUAUGACCUAGAAGAAUUAUUUCACAUAGGGGGCCAGGUGCCUCACACAAAGUAUAUAUUUAUGGGUGACUAUGUGGACCGCGGCUACUACAGCUUAGAAACACUCACACUACUUAUGGCACUAAAAGCUAGAUAUCCAGACAGAAUAAUCUUACUAAGGGGGAAUCAUGAGACUUGCCAAAUUACAAAAGUAUAUGGCUUCUAUGAUGAGUGUCUCAACAAAUAUGGGAAUGCGAAUGCAUGGAAAGAUUGCUGUAGAGUGUUUGAUUUGCUAACAGUUGCUGCUCUAAUAGAUGAGACGGUCUUAUGUGUCCAUGGAGGACUGUCACCAGACAUUUCUAUGUUAGAUCAAAUUAGAUGUAUUGACAGAAAUCAACAAAUACCCCACAAAGGAGCGUUCUGUGAUCUUCUGUGGUCAGAUCCAGCUGAUGUUAACAUGUGGUCGGUGAGCCCAAGAGGUGCAGGAUGGUUGUUUGGUAGUUAUGUCACAGAGCUUUUUAUGAAUUACAACAAUUUGAAUUUAAUCUGCAGAGCACAUCAGCUAGUAAAUGAAGGUUUCAAAUACAUGUUUGAUAAACGUCUGGUGACAGUAUGGUCAGCGCCCAACUACUGUUAUCGCUGCGGCAACGUCGCCUCCAUAUUAGAGUUCAAUACAGUAAAUGACAGAGUCCCUAAACUGUUCCAAGCAGUUCCUGAUAGUGAAAGAGAAGUGCCCCCACAGCACACUACGCCUUAUUUCCUGUGAAAUAGCUUAUAAGCCUAAGUGAAAGUAUUCCCCAA